AUGGAUCCUAUCACAGCUUUCGCUACGGCAGGUACCGUGGCUACUUUUAUUGAGAUGGGCUAUCAUCUCGUUGUUAAUACAUAUACAAUCUACAAUACUGCAUCAGGCAUGGCCAAAGAAGAUGAGCAGCUUGGAUUCUUCGUCGAGAAACUAGGAAAGCUUUCCGAAUCGAUGAUCUCAACGAACUCCACCCUCGAUCUUAGCGAUGCUGAACGAGGGAUGAAGAGCGUUGCAGCCAAGUGUGUCAAUCUUUCAAAUAGACUGGUCGAGAUUCUCAAUCGGUCGAGAACCAAAGAUCCGCACUCGCUUGGGCAAAGUGCCAUUGCUGCCUUCCAUAGCCUUCUGAAUAAGACAAAAAAGGAAGAGCUAAAGAAAGAUUCAAAUACGGUCCAGGGUCUAAAGAACCUUGACGAACUCAUCAAGUCUGGCCAACAUAUUGAAAGCGAAAUAACAACUCUCCGCCAGCACAUUCUUGAACUAGAGAAAGGAGUCACCGUGACCGACAUCGGAGAAGAGGCCGCGAACAAACUUGCUGGCCUCUUAAGACUAUCUAGCGAUUCCGUGACAUUGAUUAGGAGUCAUAAAAUCCUCGAAGCCCUUUCCUUUUCAAAGUUGCAUCAAAGGUACGAGAACGUCGGAAAGGCAUACUCGGACACAUUCAACUGGAUCUUCCAAGAUGACCCCGACAGAAGCCCAAAAGCUCUACAAGGAAAGAUUCUCUUCACAAAUUGGUUGAGUUCCGGAAAGGGGGCUUUCCACAUCGCCGGCAAGCCAGGGUCAGGAAAGUCAUUUCUCAUGAAAUUUAUAUAUAAACAUGAGAAAACAAAGGAUUUAUUGCAUUCUUGGGCGGCUGGCCGCAAACUAGUACUAGGCAAACAUUUCUUCUGGCGACCCGGCGAAGAUACUCUAGAGCACUCAAUUACCGGAUUGCUCCGGACACUACUUUGCGAUGUUCUUGAGAAAUGUCCUGAACUCGUUCCUCACACCUUCCCCAACCAAUGGGCUGAGAUUAGGGGCCUUUCACAUCCAGAUGUAGUGAACAUCCGCCUUUCCCGCGAUGAUGUUUAUAGUGCUUUUGAUCGACUAAUAGUCAACCGCGAUCUUUUUGAACGCCGAUGUUUCUUCUUCAUGGUCGAUGGCCUUGAUGAAUUUCGAGAAACUUGCAACGAAGGUUACAAGGAACUCAUCAGAUUACUCUCAAGUUGGAUCACAAAAGCACCGGAACAAAUCAAGCUCUGUAUAUCGAGCCGGGAACACGCUGUUUUUCUAGACUAUUUCUCAGAGACCCAGGGCCUGAGGUUGCAAGACCUAACUGCAGAAGAUAUAUACAAAUAUGUGAAAGAAAAGCUUGAGUCUAAUCCGAACUUUCUAGAAAUGGACAAGCCGGAAAACGGUGCAAGUCAUUUAAUCUCCGAGAUUGUGCAAAAAGCUGAUGGUGUCUUUUUAUGGGUCGCCUUGGUGGUGAAAUUGGUGGAUGACGCUUGCGACGAAGAAGAUAGCUUCCAGGAUCUCCAAAGAAAAAUCGACUUCCUCCCACCCGAAAUUAGGGAUCUAUUUGACCAAUUAUUCAGCUCUAUUCAUGAAUCAGUUCGGGAUGAAUCGGCUCAAACAUUUGCCAUUGCGCUUAAACUCCUUAAUAAUCGACGAGGCAUGCGACUAUCCCUACUACGAUACUCCCUCUUGGAUGACUACAACGCCGAUCCCCUUUUUGCCUCAAGCCUCGACUCUCCGGACCUGAAGUUCCUAGAUUGGAAUGACGAGGCAAUGAGAAAACGACUAAAAAGGGCCCGUAAGCAGUUAUAUAAACGAUGUAAAGGUCUUCUAGAAGUUAUCGAGUCAGACAUUGAUCCUUUGUCUCAACAAACGGAACUUGAUACAUAUAGCUUAAAAGGCACACCCCUGUCACAACGCAUCUCACUCAUUCACCGGUCUAUCCAGGAGUACCUUGAGGAAAAACAGAUUUCGAAGGAGCGCGCAGACAGAACCGAGAACUUCGAUGUUGUCGACGCCAUUUGCAAAACUUACGCAGUCGAAGUAGCCGCCCUCAAUCUCAAUCAACCACACUGUGAUGAUACGUGCUACUACUUUGAGCUAUUUGAUACCAUCCAUCUACUUUCACAGGCUGACGUAGAUUCUGUACAGCAAGGAUGGAUCACUACCCUUCAAUCUUUGGACAAAGCAAGAAGCCGACAUUUCGCCCCAACCAAGUAUAAUUUGUCCUUUUCCAGAGGGUAUACUGAGAUGUCGGUCCUACGGGCCGGUCGUACGUUCUCUGUUUCCCAUCUCGCGGCGAGGUGUGGAUUUCACACAUUCUUCACAACGUGGGACACUCCCUGUGCCUCUGCCAUAGGCGAGGACAUUAAAAAUGGCAGCCUUGCCUUAUUAACUGCGUCCGGGUUGACGCGUCAGAUUCCGAACUCAAAUGCUGGAGGCUACGUGCCGAUCCUCCGUUGGUUAUUCGACCACGGAUGCUCCCCAAACCAAGCCAUUCUCGGGCUUCAAGGUAGUAGUCCAUGGUGGGCAUUUCUCGACGCGAUGUUUUUCCAUCAUAAAGUAGACGUGUUACUAUCUAAUGCAAUCGAGCUAUUUCUGGAGUACGGUGCAAAUCCCGAUUUCUCAUUUAUUGUCCAAGAAAAUGAUGACAAGGUCGAAGAUAUAGCAACUAUACCGCCGGCAGCUGUAGGAACUUCCACGGUAAAUUCAACCUUCGUAUUUAUUCGUGGAGUUAUUACCGGGCAUUCGAAAUAUUUGACGUUCGUAUCUUCGAAAGGCGGACGCGUGACUCUACGGGAAUUGAUUGAGCAUAUUGAUCCACCGAACGUGGAGAAAAUUCUUGCUCUCAUUGAUAGAAAUAUGACUGCUCAAAGUCUCGACUCUCAAAACCCGGUUCAAGUCGAAGAAACCCUUCGUAAUCUACCUGUUCCCGAGCAAGCAGCAGAUAUACAAUUGUUGGCAGACGAGCAAGUAGAAAUAGGACAUGAAGUGGUCUCAAAACUAGGUGAUGAUAAUACAGAGGUCGUCACCACGAAACACGCGGAGGCUAAGAUGACCAUCCCUUUUAAGCAGAUAAUAACCAGCCCUAUAUCGACGUUCAUUCUUGGUAAGCGGGGCGUCGCCUACUUUUAAUGUGUAAUAUGUUCCUUCAACAACUAACUUUUUCUAGGAAUAUUUAUAUCGUACUUGUU